AUGAGUUCUCGCAAAUCAGAAAACAUCAUGAUCUCGUAUUCCUUGCUGCCCCAUUGCCCUGCCUCAACGACCUCCAUGCCUGCGCGCACAACCAGCACUCCGAGUCCCAUCAGCGUGAACUGCUGGAAGUGGAAUGGCGUCAUGUGCGGCGCAAUGUUGGUAGGCACAGAAAUAAACAUGUGGCCGCCCUCCCUCAGUGCAUCGCGAAGAUGCACGAGAGCGCGCAGCGGAUCGUACAAAUGCUCCAAGGUUUCGCAUAUCAAAACGAAAUCUACCUCCGAGAUAUGUUGUGGCAGAGGGUAG